AUACCAAUUACAUAUCGAUAAGUGCGACAGCUGUUGCUGAAUAUUUUUGGCGCCAUUAUUGUCAGUACCACAACAGAAAGAGAACAACGCGAACAUGGAUUUUAAUUUAAAGAAACGCGCACGCCAUGAUGUCAAAGUAGAAGUGGUUAGCUUGGAAUCCAAAUUCCCGCACAAUGUGAUGAUCUAUCAUUUCCCGCCCACGGAGGAUGUGCACAUCGAUGAAUUCGAAGAUCUCGCCCUGGAACGUCUGCGUCUAUUGCGUGUCUUCGAUCGCGCCACAACGAAGGGUCUUCGUAUGAUGUCCGAUGACUGGAAGGAAUACGUAAACGCUGAAUUGACCAGAGAUGGAUUACGCGGCUAUUUGCGCAUGUGCAGUAGCCACAGUGGCGGCAUCAAACAGGAAGCGGAUCUGCAGAUGCGUCGUCGAGAUUAUCUGUCACACUUUAUUUUGCGCCUGGCCUACUGUCGAUCGGAGGACUUGCUACGCUGGUUUGUGGCACGUGAAAUGGAGUUCUUCAAGUACAAGUUCGCCGCAUUGAGCACCGCUGAGAUUAAACAAUUUCUGGAAGAGAACAGCUUUCACAUACAACCGCUGACCGAGGCCCAGAAGGACGAGGUGAAGGAUGGUCUGUACGAGAGUACGGUGGGUCAAAGUGUGGCCAAGAUCGAAUUGCUCGAAUUCUACAAGGUGCCCUUCACACAAGUGCUGGACUUGGUGCGAACGCGUCGCUGCUAUCUGAAGGCGGGUUAUGCCUAUGUGAACACACACGAUCUGGUCUCGAUUGUGGCUGCCCGGCAGUUGGAAGAGAUUGAGCGUGGCAUGCAAGCAGCCAAGGCUUUCAUCAACGAUGUGGAGGCCGAUGAACGCAUUUCCCGCAUGCUUAAAUCCUUGCACAACUCGUACACGGGCAAGGACUACACGGUAUGCAAGGACGCAUCUGUGCCCAUCGAAUCGCUGGAUCAGCUCUCCAAGACAUCGAUGCCGCUGUGCAUGCGCAUGUGCCACGAUCACAUACGCAGCCAGCAUCACAUUAAGCAUGGCGGUCGGAUGCAGUACGGCCUCUUCUUGAAGGGCAUUGGCGUUAGUCUUGAGGAUUCGUUGCGCUUUUGGCGUGAGGAGUUCACCAAGAAAAUGGAUGUGGAUAAGUUUGCCCGCAGCUAUGAGUACAACAUUCAUCAUAACUAUGGCAAGAAGGGUUCCAUGGUCAACUACACACCCUACUCCUGCAUGAAGAUUAUCAAGGAGAUGGCAGCGCCAGGAGAUUGCCACGGCUGCCCCUACAAAUCGCUAGAUCCGCCUACAGUCAAGGCAAAACUUGCUGCCUAUGGCCUCUCGCCCGGUGCCAUCGAGGAGGUCAUGUUCUUUGUGACUCGAGGACACUAUCAAUUCGCCUGCGGCAAAUACUUUAUGCUCACACACAAUUCCAACGUGGAGCCGACCAUUAAUCAUCCCAAUAGCUACUUCGAGGAAAGCCAAAUACUCAUGGGUAAUAGACAAAAGUCAACUCGUACUCCAGGUCCUGUUCAGCCCACUAACAAAAGAGCGGGCAUCCGAGGAGCUGCAAAUAGAUCCAUGCUCAAUGGUGACGAUGAUGAUGAGCUGUGGCGCAUUGCUGAAUCCCAGGAGAAGGCGUACCUCAGUCAAAAGGGCAUCGCCGAGGCCUUCGACGAUGAUCUAGAUCUAACACAAAUUACUGAAUAAAUGUAGCGUUAGCUUUGUAAUCUAUAAUAUAUAUAACUU